GGACAGAGUGGUCUUAGCCUUAGCGUUCGGUGGUCCGUGCCAGUCACGUCAUGCAGCCUAGACAGACAGACAGGCAGACAGACAGACAGAGUGGUGGUUAAACUGACACUAACAAAGUUCACUGACACUAACAAAGUUGACAACGGGGGCAACCGACACCCCAAACACGCACUCACCCAACCGCCCACAACACAUUGUCAAAAGUCACAAGAGCACCAUCAGGUAUUAAGAGACGAGCAAGACAAGACAGUCAGUGUAGACUGUGUGUGUGUCUUGCGGCAGAAAUGACUAGCGGGCGCUGGGGACCCGGCGACGGGAGAGGGGUAGACAGACAGAUGGGAUGGAUGAAGGUACCAUGGCACGGAGGCCGGCAGAUACAGACAUAGUCAGUCGACUCGGCUGUCGAGGGGAGGGAGGGAGGGACGGAGGGAAAGAGGGAGGGAGGGAGGCAAAACCAGCUGAACAGAGGACACGUACAUACGUACACACGCGCAUCGGUGGGUGGAUGGAGAGACAGAGAGAUAGGAACUAGCAGACACACUCACCGGCAGAAAAGGCGGGCAGAGAUCUCGCACACACACACACACAGACAUACACACAUCCAGACAUACCUAUAAGGAGAACGCCACGAAGGGAAAAGGAGGCAGACAGACAGACAGACAGAGACAGAAAGCCCCACAACUCCGGAAUACACACCCAACACCAACUCACUCACUCAGUCACUCACUCACUCACUCCUCCAUCCAUCCAUCCAGAAACACGCAGGCACAAAAGUCACAAGUGCUGCUGCAUGGCGUGGCAAGGGGGGCUGGGGACUGCAUAAAUCAUCAGCCACUGACUCUGACUCAAUCACUCAGUCACUCACUCAGUCACUCACUGAGUAACACAGCUCUCGUCUGCCCUGCCUCCUUCAGCUACUUAUUAAACGGUGCACAACGGCUUAAGUAAUGCGUGUGAAUCUGGUGCACUGCCUGUCUGUCUGUCUGUCAGUCAGUCCGUCUGUGUGCCCCCAAUCAGCACAUCAAUCAGGCAAGCAGACAGACGGACAGGCAGUCCACCCACCCUCCCCCCUCCCCGUUCAAAAUGCCGCCUCGCUUAGCAGAGAGCGCGGUCGUACGCCUGUGUGUCUACGAACAGCAUAACUGCGAUAGACGUCUGUGUGUUUGUUUCCCCGUGUCAGGUCUAGUGUGUGAAUGUGUGUGUAUGCGCCUACUAUCAUUGAUCGAUCGAUCGUAAAGCUAGCUAGAGACACCAAACACCAACUCACCAACAGCCACACACCAUGUACCAGACCAGAUCAGCACUGCCAUCCAUCCAUCCAUAAAGGAAAGAACAAAAGCAACUGGCGCCGGCUGGCCGCAUCACCCACGAGCCAGCCACACACACAACACAGAGAGGCAGACAGACAGGCAGACAGACAGGCAGGCAGACAGGCAGACAGACAGGCAGACAGACAAGUACAAAACCUGCCACCAACGCCGAAGUACCAAACAUCCAAACCCAUCCCCUCUCUCGCUCUCGCUCUCCCUCCAUCUCCUCUCAAUCACGUCACGAAGCCAUCCACCGGAAGAAAUUGGCAAUGCUCGUCAUCAUCCCCGGCGACCCCUGCCCGCCACCAACACCCCCGGGAGCCCCCCUCACUGGCUGUGGGACGACAGGGAUCGGCCCACCCGACAUGCCCGGGAUGGGCUCGAGUGCGCGGUAGGCGGCGGUGUGUCUGAGGGGGAGGUGUGGGGGGUCCACUGAGUGCAGGUGGUUGAAGGCGACAAACACCAGAGCGGGAUCGUCUGCGUCGGCGAAGGAAGUGAGCUCUCCCUGAUGGAAGUGACACACACACACACACACAGAGGUGGCUGGAUGGGUGGCUGAGUGGAUGCAGUGGCUUACCCGGACAAGCUGCUCUGGUCUUGUGGGGUUCUGGAGGAUGACCGUCACGGGCUGCGGUGGGUGUCUGAAAGCCGCGUCGCUCUUGAUGUGGCCAAUCGCCCAUGCGUUGAGUAAGGUGGACAGCGGCAUACCUGCACACACACACACACGCUUUGUCUUUACGUCUGUCUCUCUCUGUGUGCUCAUCAGUCAGCGCACCUUCCAGCGUCCGUGCGGUCCAGCUGUUGAGGAGAGUGGAACUUUCGACGAUCAUGUCUUCCUGUGUGUCGGCGACGAUUGUGGCGUCGACGGUGGCCUCCAGCACUCGGGAGAGGAUGCCCACUCGGUGCUCCAGGGACGCCUUCUCGCGCUUGCGCUCCGUCACGUCCUGCAAAAACACCAAGUGUCGUCAAACAGAGGGUGGAGGAGAAUUCACAAAUCGCAUACACGAGACGGUUCUUUAUCGCAUAGGUAAUGACCGAUGACCUUCUCUCUCUCUCUCCCUCUCUCUAGGUGGGGUCAUCGCAUCGGCUGCGCACCGCACCUGGAUGUAGCCGUAUAUGAUGGUCGACGUGGGCGAGGCCCGUCUGCCUCCCGCUUGGAAGAAGCGAAUCUCGCCGUCAGACCUCUCGUAGCGGAUCUGACACAACCACACCGACACGUCCACCCGUCCACACACUCGUCCUUGCGUACGUUCAUGUCGUAGGGCUCCCCCUGGUCGACGCACUUGACGAUCGCCCGCUCGAUCCUGCCGCGGUCGUUGGGGUGCACGUGCUGCGUCCAGAAGCCCCGCAGCCGCUCGUCGGUCAGGGCUAUGUCGCCGGCAUUCUUGUCGUCGCCACCAGGACCGAUAGGCAGGCUGACAACCAUACACACCACAAGGACAUCCAGCCACUCGCGCCUCGCUCGCUCGCUCGCUCGCUCGCUCGCUCCCUCUAUAUGUGGGCUCACUUACUCAAAGUCCAUCGGCAGAACGAUCUCGCCCAGUGUGGAAUCGUCCGUCGCGUUCUCGCCGCCAUGGUGAUCCCCCCUUCCACCAGCAGACCGCGCCGAGCGCUUCUCCUUUGACCCAGCACUCUUCGCCGACCCGCCGCCCAUCUCGCUAUCCACCUUCCCAUCGUCGACCAUCCCUUUCGGCUGUAGCGGGGCGGGGCUCGGCCGCGGCGGCGUCGGCUGAUCCGACGUGACCGUCGCCAUCAUCAACGAGCCCGCCCUGGUCGUCGGGGUGCGCGUCGCCGGUGUCGCCGAAAGGGAUGACGAUGCAGCAGGGUGGAUGGGCGGCUUUAACGUGUGCACUGCAUGUGCGCGGUAGGUGUGCAGUGCGCCGACAGAAAGGCCGACAUUGACGCUAGCAGGGGCUGAUGCCUCGCUGGGUGCGAGGGCGGGGGCGACGGGGCCGUCGAGAAGGCGCGCGUAGGGCACUCUGCCGGUGGGCUGUCUGGAUGAGCGGCCCGUGAGGCCCUCGAUGACGCGGGUCUGGUAGAAAUGGGUCUCCAUGGGGCCCGAGGCGUCCCACUCCCUGCAGGGCACACACACACGGAUAGGCGUAGACAACAAGGGGCAUAUAUAAUGGGGUGAUUGGCUGCGUACCAGGCGGCGAUGUCGACCAUGAAGGCGAAGCUCUCGAGCAGUCGGCGGCGCUGGCCCUUCUCGCGGGCAACCUGCACACACGCAACACCCAUACAGACACGUGUGUGUGCGGGCGGGCAUUUGCCUUCUAUCUAAUCGUCUGACCCGAUUGGUGUUGAAGACCGUGGAUCUGUAGAACAACUCGAAGUGGCGGCUGGCGACCAGCAACAGCAGACCCACCACUAAACACACGCCAAGGACACAUACAGAGAGAGAGAGAGCCGUCCGAUUGAGACUGUCACACAGCCCCCAAGCAGUGCAGCUGCUCACCGGGGUAGAGCUGGAUGAAGACCUCAUCUGAAAAGAUGCCGUCGACAACGGCCUUGCUGAUGAGGUGCACGGCCACCAGCCCCAGCACUGCCAACGACUGGCACUUGAAGACCAGAAAGGCCAAAGUGAGGAGGCCCAAGUUGUCAAGGUCAGUCCUGACAACGACGCACACACACACACACACACACAGAGAGAGAGAGAGAGAGGGACGUGGCUGUGUGAGUGUGAUGAAUGUGUGUGUCGGCUUGGGUACCCGGAAUAGUGCUCGGCCAUCUUCUCAGAAAUGAACUCCUCCCCGCCAAACUCCUCGCCAAACUCCUCGCCAAACUCCGCGAAGUCGUCUUCGUCGAUCUCGUGCUCUCCGACCAACUCGGCACCAUCGAUCAAUUCCUUGUGCAUAGUUACGGUCGCCAUGCAGGCGAUGAAGAAAAAGUACAACACCCACCACUCAGCGCGAUAAAAAGGCUGCAGUGCAUUCUGGAGACACAGACAGAGACCCCAUCCAUCUAUCCAUCUAUCCAUCCAAUUGAGCCUACUUCGAGCAUGACGAGGAGUUUCCCCUGGUUGCGGACGUUGCUCCAGUCCUCCCCAUCGCCUCGGGUGAUGGCCAGACACAUGUACCACCGCACCAGCAUCUUGUGGAGCAGGGCAUAUGUGAUAAUGGCCACGGCCACGAUGAGCGGCACCGUCAUCCGCCGCCACCAGACAUCGCCCAUCCCAUGCGCCCUGGUCUCGAACCACAGCACAACGGCGUACGCGAUCCAGGCAACGGAGAAUAUCACACCGGCGGUCUUGAGGGUCUCCUGCAGGCAGACAGACAGAUGCAUUGCCGGUACGCGUGUCGAUGUGCUGACAGGCCAGCUGACUGACCUGAGUGUCUUCCUUGCAGAGCCUCUGGUACUGGAACUCCAGCUCGGGAUCUUUGAAUUUCAUGCAGAUGAACGGCAGACCCGACCACUGCACACGACACACACGAUGAAAACGCAUCAUUCCAUUCUCCCUCCCUCCCUCCCUCCCUCUGACCCGAUUGACGCAUCCGAUUGACCCCCAUUUGCUCUUGAAGCUCUUGACGAACUUGCCGCAGUAGGCGAAGAUGCUGGCCGGCACGAGCAUCUCGAUGGCCACGUUGAUGUUGGCAUUGGCGCUGUUAGACAUCCCGGCGCCAUGCUCGCUGUGCAGCUGCAUCUGGGUCAGCGGGUCGCUCUUCUCGACCUUCUGGUGCUGUUGUUUGGCCUUAUCGUCGCCGCCUGCCCGGAUCUCCC